GCAAUGGCGGCGGUGGCAGGAGCGGGAGCGGCGGGAGCGGCCGGGGCGGUGGCGGCCCCGCCGCGGGGCAUCCGCGCCUGGCUGCGGAGCGCCUUCCGCUUCGCCACCGACCGCAACGACUUCCGCAGGAACCUGCUGCUGAACCUGGGGCUGUUUGCCGCCGGCGUCUGGGUGGCCCGGAACCUGACCGACAUCGACCUGAUGGCCCCGCAGCCCGUGCCGUAGCUCCGAGCAGAAGCAGCUCCCCUGAUGGUGCUGACUCCUGUCCCAGGAAGGAGCCGGAGCUGCUGGGAGCUGAGCUCGCCCUCCCACCAGGACUGGAGCUGUGGAGCUGCUCAGAUCCCACCUGGAGCUGCUCUGAUCCCACCUGGAGCUGCUCAGAUCCCACCUGGAGCUGCUGUGACCCCUCUGGAGUUGUUCUGAUCGCACCUGGAGCUGAUCUGAUCCCUUUGGAGCUGCUCUGAUCCCUUUGGAGCUGCUCUGGUCCCACCUGGAGCUGCUCUGGUCCCCCCUGUCCUGCCUGGAGCAGUGACAAGGACAAGAGGUUUAAUGCUGAGAGGAAGAUUUGGUUUCCCAUUCAUUCCUUUGGGAAUUGUUUCCUCGAGGAUGUUCAUGGAAUUUCUUCCUGUACCCCCCACCCCCAGAUGUUUAUUAAAUUUUAUGGAAUAACAACACAA